UGCCCUAAUCCACAAUUCCACAUACCACCCGUCCGCAUCGCGAACCCUCUUCUCGAGCGGUCCCAAACCCUAGGCGCGACCUGAGCCCAUGUCGGGGUCUUACGGAUCCGACGACUACCGCGGCGGCGGCGGCGGCGGAUACGGCGGCCGAGGUGGCGGUGGAGGCGGCCGCGGGCGCGGGGGUGGUGGAGGGUAUGGCGGUGGCGGUGGGGGAGGCUAUGGAGGUGGCGAUGGAGGAGGCUAUGGAGGUGGCGGUGGAGGCUACGGCGGCGGGGGCGGUAGAGGUGGAGGCGGCGGCGGCGGCGGCGGCUUCGGUGGCGGAGGGCGAGGUGGAGGUGGCCGAGGCGGUGGCGGUGGCGGUGGCGGCCGCGGGGGAGGACGCGAGGGCGACUGGGUUUGCCCUGAUGCGAGCUGUGGCAAUGUGAACUUUGCAAGAAGAACUGAGUGCAACAAGUGUGGAACACCUUGCCCAAAUGGAGCUGGAGGUGGAGGCGGCGGUGGCGGCGGUUACAAUAGAUCUGGUGGAGGUGGUGGGGGAUACAACCGUGGCGGUGGUGAUUACGGUUCUGGAGGAGGAGGUGGGUUUGACAGAGAUGGUGCUGGUGGUGGGGGUAGAGGAGGAUACAACCGAAGUGGUGGUAAUGACCGUGGUUUUGAUGACCACCGUGGUGGCAGAGGUGGCAGUUAUGGGGGACGAGAUCAGGAAAACCAAAGGGGCAGUGAAGGUGGCUACAAUGCUGGUGGCUAUGGACAAGCUCCUCCGCAAGGGCCUCCUUCCUAUGGUGGGCCUGCUGGUGACUACACAGCACCUCCAAACUCCUAUGGAGGCAACAAUGCGUACGGUUCAGACUCUGCAGUGCCACCGCCUAAUAGCUAUAGCGGUGGCCCAGCCUCAUACCCACCAAGCUAUGGUGCCCCUCCACCAAACCAAUAUGGUGGUAGCGCCCCAGGGGGGCAAGGGGGUCUCCCUCCUACAUAUGAUGGUGGCUAUGGUGGUCGGUCCAUGCCUGGGGGUGGAGGUUCUGGUGGUGCACCUCCACCUUAUCAUGGCGGUGGAGGUGGUGGUGGCGGUGGCGGCGGCGGUUAUACUGGUAGUGCUGCUCCUGAGCCAGCUGCAAAGGUUAAGCAGUGCGAUGCAAACUGUGAUGAGACAUGUGACAACGCAAGAAUUUACAUCUCAAACUUGCCCCCUGAUGUCACUGUUGACGAACUACAGGAGCUAUUUGGAGGAAUCGGACAAGUUGGAAGGAUCAAGCAAAAACGUGGCUAUAAAGACCAGUGGCCCUGGAACAUAAAAAUCUACACUGAUGACUCUGGAAAAGCCAAAGGAGAUGCUUGCCUUGCUUAUGAAGAUCCUUCUGCUGCUCAUUCAGCUGGUGGAUUCUAUAACAAUUAUGACAUGAGAGGCUAUAAAAUCAGCGUUACAAUGGCUGAGAAAUCAGUACCCAGAGCACCCUCUUAUGGUCAUGGUGGUGGCCGUGGUGGUGGCUAUGGUGGCGGUCGCAGGGACAAUUACCGAGAUGGUGGUGGGCAUGGGCCCAAUAGAAACCAGGGUGGUGGUUCACGUUCACGACCUUACUAAUGAAAACAACCAAUGUUAUAACUAUGAUUGUCUCCUGUGAAACCAUUUCUAUUCCUGUCCCUACGGACUUGUACUCUCAUACAAGCACAUAAGAGGCAGAUGGAUAUAAGCUCCAAAUGCUGGUAGGUUUGAGAUGUUAUUUCAGCCGGUGGAUCACUCCUGUAAGCUUUGGAUUUUGCUGCGAAGAACAGGCAGGACCUUUUUUGUUAUGUGAUAGGUUUGGGUUCCGUAUAUAUUAAACGUAUCAAGUAGCGUACUAGACUGCACCAAAUCUUUUGCAGUUCACAUUGACGUGGGAUUGAACUAGAAUGUAGCAUUUACUCAGUUUAGGUUCCUGCUAACUUUUUAUUUCAUGUAGAUAGUAGGAACGUCUUGGUAAAAAUUUUGGUCGGAAAGAACAUUCUCAUUUGGGUGUUGAUUACUUCAUGCUGCCCUAGUAAAGAAAACCUCAGUGUACACGUAACUGCUGGAUCAGUUGUGAGGCUACAGCAUCGUUGUGUGGCACCAUAUCUGCGCAACACAAUUUGGCAGCAAUUAUACUGCUGCGUUAUCCGCCCUUUUCAUUGAGAAAGUGGUGGUUCUGAUUCAAACGUAAAAGGCAUUGCCAUUUUUGAGUUUUGACCAUUUUCAGUCA